AUGUUAGAAAAGGAUUCUUCACGCAGGAUCUCGGCAGCAAAUGCGCUGAGGAGCAGGUUCAUUGAGGAGAGCUUGCAGAGCAUGAAGCACAAGUUUUUUAGCCUGACGCUGCGAGACAAGUCGAUGCGGGGAGAGAGAGACGCGUCGCAGAUCCUGAGAGCACUGCAGAAGAAGGUACAUCUGCACACACUGCGGGAGAGAUCAGAGGUGCAGAAAAUAAGCCCGAGAGAACACAUGCGGCUCCGGAAACUCCAAGCAGCAGAUGAGAAAGCAAGAAAGCUGAAGCAAAUUGUGGAGGAAAAAUAUCAAGAAAACCACCUGCGCAUGCAAGAGUACAAGUCCAAAAAUUUUCAGAAAGUUAGUGUGGAUGUUUUGGUAUGUAUGUAAGGUGAGAACUGAAGAAGCAGUUAACCAGAC